CUGUGUGAAUACAGUAACCCACUGCCUCCUGGCGUCCUGUAAUUAAGACUUUAAUACGCGUCACAGAUGUUAUUUACACUCCAGAUUGAGGAAGUCAGUGAGACGGAGGAUCGCAGUGACUCAUUAGGCACACAAUGUCUGAAAACAACGAAGCCACAACUCUUCCUCCGCGCGAACCAGGAAAGUUUUUAGUGGGAAAUGUCGAUUUUGAACCAACAAUUCCUGUUUUACUAGAGCUUCGACGUAAACAUGGCGACCUUGUCACCCUGAACAUAUUUGGACAAAAAGUUAUUGUAGUCUGCGGCCAUCAAACGCUCACGGAAGUGCUCGAGAGAAAAGCUGAUUUUACAGUUGAACAUCCAGUAGUUUUUGGAUAUACAGAGUAUUUUGAAAGCUCGGGUCUCCUCGGUGCGUUUGGGCAAGUGUGGAAAAAGCAAAGGAAGUUCGUCAUUAAUACCUUCAGAAAAAUUGACUCCGGAAGCGCUUCCCAGGAGUCACGUGUUGCGGAUGUUGUCGUAGAUUUUCUGAAAGAUGUGGAUCUUGCAAAUGGGUGUCCAAUCGACAUCAUUAAACUGAUAAAGACUAACCACUAUAACAUAGUCUCUUCUUUACUCUUUGGAGAAAAAUUCAAACCCGGGGAUGAAACACUAAGUCGCCUUGUUGAGUUGGUAGAUGAAGCAACAUAUAUAGUACCAGACCAAGCCAUCCUCUCAAUGUUUGAGUGGCUGAAGUAUUUGCCUGGUGACAGAUUCAAAGUAAAACGCCAACGCCAUCUUGUCGAUGAAAUUCUGAAAAUAGUACAACAGUUUGUAGAUGAACACAAGGAAAAUGCACAUGAAAAAGACUCGAUCGACUUCAUCUACAGUUUUAUGCAGGAGCAGGAAAGAAUGCGGGAAGCUAGAGAGAACAUGGAAGGAUUCAAUGAUCGGGACAUGCUUUUGAUGGGAUAUGGUCUUCUUUUCGGUGGAGUUUCUGUUGUCCAAGCCCUCUCGUGGUCUUUCCUUUACCUGGUAAACCAUCCAGAUGUCGUCUGCAACAUGCAAACGGAAAUCGACAAUACCAUUGGAAAAAGCCGCUCUCCGACCUGGAAAGAUAAACCAUCACUACCGUACUGCCAGGCAGUCUUAUACGAGAUCCUUCGGAUAUCCUCAGCCAUCCCUGUUGCACCAACACACGUUCUAACAGAGAAUAUACAGGUCAACGGAUACACUCUUCCCAAAGGCGCUUGGGUUCUUCUUGGAUUGUGUACAGUGAAUUGGGAUUCUUCCAUUUUUCCAGAACCAGAAAAAUUCAACCCUGGUCGCUUUAUCAAUGAUUCCGGACAGCUUUUUGGAUUUGAAAAAGUUUACGCAUCCUAUUCUUUAGGACCUAGAUCAUGUGCUGCCCAAGCUCUUGCAGAGAUAGAGAUGUUCUUGUUUAUAACCAGCGUAGUACAGAAGUAUAACAUAGCUAACGAACCGGGGAAACCAAUGCCAUCUCUUGAAGGGACGUAUAAAGGAGCGCACAUACCUAACCCCUACAAUGUGUGUCUCAAACAGAGAUUUUAAAGAUGAAUGACACAUAAAGACCAAUGACAGAUGUUAAGAAAUCUUUAUUAAUAGUCGUAAACCGUUGAUAGUGAUUUUUCAAAAUUAUUAAACGUUGAACGGAUUCGCAACGAUGGUAAAUUGUAUAACUUUACAGGACAGGAAGAGAAGUUGUUGCGAUUAAGUUCAACAAAUCAAAAGCUAACUUCUCAAAAUUUAGGCAGCGUCCACGAGCGUCGGUCUAAGUGUUAUGGAAGACAUUUCUUUUUAUGUUCUCUCUUAUUUUUCAUUUAACUACCAAGUUAAUUAUAUUGUUUAUUGUUGUUGCCAUAAUUCACAUUGAAGAUAACUUUUUUUUCAACACGACUCAUGCACAACCAUUUUUUGUAAAUAUGAUAACCAGUGGUAUUCUAUAUAUCCUAUACAGAUGAUCAAGGGUAUAUUCAACGGCAAUUGUUAUAGUAACCUACAAUGUAUAUAAUGUAAUAUACAAAUAAGAUAACACUCUUUUAUGACAUAAUGAACAUUUAUAACUUUUUAUUGACUUAAAAUAAUAAAAACCUACGUUAA